AUGUCUGUAUCGAAGAAGACGCUUGUGUUGGCCUUUUUGGCUGCACUGGGCGAGGCCUCUAAACUCGGCCACGCCACCAAAUUGAGCAAGGCCGCUAUGGAAGUGAGCCCUCUCUUUGGCUACGGUACCGAUACCAAGGUCCGUGGUGUCAACCUCGGUGGUUGGUUGGUUUUGGAGCCUUGGAUCACUCCUUCAAUCUUUGAUAAUGUCGGAGAUGCUGCCGUUGAUGAAUGGUCUCUCUGCACCGUCCUCGGUACGGAACAAUGCCGCACUGUUCUGUCGAAGCACUGGAGCACCUUCAUCACCCAAGAUGAUUUCAACCAGAUCGCAGCCACGGGUAUGAACCAUGUUCGAAUUCCUGUCGGCUACUGGGCUUUAGAGCGUUUGGAUGGCGACCCAUAUGCCGAUGGCCAGCUGGAGUACCUUGACCGUGCAGUCACCUGGGCUCGUGCGGCCGGUAUUAAGAUCAUGGUUGAUCUUCACGGGGCCCCUGGUUCCCAAAAUGGGUUUGACAACAGUGGCAAGCGAGGCUCCGUUGGAUGGCAGCAGACCCCCAACAACGUGCUCAACACUAAGAGUGCUCUGCGAGCGCUGGCUAAGCGGUACCAGGGUGAUACCGAUGUCGUCACCGCCAUCGAGGCCCUUAAUGAGCCCAGCAUCCCUGGUGGCGUCGUCGAGGAUGGCCUGAAGCAAUAUUACUAUGAUGCUUGGGGUGUUGUACGUGAGUCUAGCCAGGAUACCACUGUGGUCCUUCACGAUGGAUUCAUGCCCACAGAAUCGUGGAACAAAUUCAUGAGCGUGGACACUGGUGUCUGGUAUGUCAUGAUGGACACUCAUCACUACGAAGUCUUUGAUAGCAGCCUGCUUGCUAUGGACGCCAAGGGCCACGCCAACAAUGUCUGCAACUUCGUCGACCAGCACGUCCUGCACUCUGACAAGUGGACAAUUGUUGGUGAAUGGACUGGUGCCAUGACUGAUUGUGCUAAGUAUCUCAAUGGCAAGGGUAUUGGUGCCCGUUAUGACGGAACCUACAUGGGCAGCAACGUGAUCGGUAGCUGUGAUGGCAAGUCUGUUGGAACUGUGGCAGCCCUCCCCCAGGCUGAUCGCGACAAUAUACGCCAAUUCAUUGAGGCUCAGCUUGAUGCCUUUGAGAAGGGAUCCGGUUGGCUUUACUGGACCUGGAAGACUGAAGGUGCCCCCGAAUGGGACAUGCAGCAGCAGAUUGCUGGAGGAGUCUUCCCUAACCCUGUCACCAGCCGCCAGUUCCCUCGCCAAUGCUAG